AUGCCAUUUGCCAAUGGCACCUGCUUCAAGCCAUCCGUYUUCACUCUCAUUGGAAUUCCAGGCCUUGAAUCAGUGCAACACUGGGUUGGGAUUCCAUUCUUCAUUUCUUUUAUUCUGGCCACCUUUGGAAAUGCUCUGCUCGUCACCAUCAUUCGCAUUGAGCAUAGUCUCCAUGAGCCCAUGUAUAUUUUUUUAGCUGUAUUAGCCGCUACUGACCUAGGCCUGACCUUCUGCAUUACCCCUAAAAUGCUGGCCAUCUUUUGGCUUCAGUCAAGAGAGAUUCACUUUGACUCCUGUCUGAUUCAGAUGUAUUUUACACACACUUUCCAGUGCAUGGAGUCUGGCAUUCUCCUGGCCAUGGCCUUUGACAGAUAUGUGGCUAUCUGUGAGCCCUUAAGGCAUUCUGCCAUUCUCACUAAGAAGGUACUAAUCACCAUUAUAAUGGCAGUGACCCUUCGAGCCUCUAUCAUCAUCAUCUUGUGUCCACUUCUAAUUAAGUUGCGCCUCAAGCAUUUCCGGACCACAGUCAUCUCUCACUCCUACUGUGAGCAUAUGGCUGUGGUAAAGCUGGCGGCAGAAAAUGUCAGAGUCAACAAAGCAUAUGGACUGUUUGUGGCUUUCUCGGUCCUUGGAUUUGAUGUGAUCUUCAUUUUCUUAUCCUACGCCUUCAUCUUCCAGGCUGUGUUUAAGUUGCCACAGAAGGAGGCACGAUUCAAGGCAUUCAACACCUGCACAGCCCACAUCUUUGUCUUUCUUCAGUUCUAUAUUCUCACAUUUUUUACAUCCUUCAUACACAGAUUUGGCUUCAAUGUUGCUCCCUAUGUGCAUAUUCUGCUGUCCAACCUUUACCUGCUUGUUCCGCCGCUGCUUAACCCUAUUGUCUAUGGAGUGAAGAACAAACAAAUCCGAGAGGAAGUGAUCAAAAUUUAUGUAAUCAAAACUAAUAAUGCUUUUUAUAAUUUUGUAUAA